GUCAGACCUAAGAUCAAAAGAGGUCACUUGUGACCUAAUUGUGGGUUGUGAUGGAGCCUUUUCCACAGUCAGGAAGCAGUUCAUGAGGCAAACACGUUUCAAUUACAGCCAAGAGUAUAUUCCUCAUGGAUACAUGGAAUUGACAAUUCCCCCAAAGAAUGGAGACUUCGCAAUGAAACCGAAUUUUCUUCACAUCUGGCCCAGGAACACAUUCAUGAUGAUCGCGCUUCCCAACCUGGAUAAAUCGUUCACGUGCACUCUCUUCAUGCCUUUUGAGGAUUUUGAAAAGCUCACAACAGGGGACCAAGUGCUGGAUUUCUUCAGAAUGUACUUUCCAGAUUCCAUUCCCCUAAUAGGAAAGGAAGCCCUGAUGCACGAUUAUUUUUUGCUACCAGCCCAAGCCAUGGUAUCUGUGAAGUGCUCCACGUACCACAAGGACUCUUGCUGUGUGCUGAUGGGGGAUGCGGCGCAUGCGGUCGUCCCUUUCUAUGGACAGGGCAUGAAUGCGGGAUUCGAAGACUGUCUAGUUUUUGAUGAGUUAAUGGACCAGUUUCAAAAUGAUCUCAGUGUCUGCAUCCCUGAGUUCUCCAGGCUGAGAGUUCCUGAUGACCAUGCCAUUUCAGAUUUAGCCAUGUACAAUUACAUUGAGAUGCGCUCCCAUGUUAAUUCAAAGUGGUUCAUAUUCCGGAAGUAUGUGGACAACUUUCUUCACGCCCUCCUGCCCUCCACCAUUAUCCCUCUCUACACAAUGGUCACGUUCUCCAGAAUCCGCUACCAUGAAGCUGUGCAAAGGUGGAAAUGGCAGAAUAAGGUUAUCAACAGGGGCCUCUUCCUAAUUGCGACAGGUGCAACCCUAAGUGGCAUAUACCUGCUCAGGAGCUGCCUAAAGCCCAAAUGGGACUUCUCUGUGGAAGGUUUCUGGAGAUGGACUCUUGGCCUCAGGAAAUUUGAAAUGAUAUAA